AUGAUGCGAAACAAGAGUGCGUCGUCGCUGCAGAAGACGUACGAUGAAUGCUAUUUGAUAUGCUCGACUGCCGUUUAUUUCGAGGGCCAGGGCAACGAGGCUGAAGCACUUCGAUCAUGGCGCUCCGCCCUGGACCAAAUAUAUUACCACAACGCCUACCGCGUCCCUGCCGGCUACAUUCCCAGAACAGAGACGGAGAAAGCACUCAAAGAUAGCCUGCGGGAUAUGGAGAUGCAAUGUAAAGAGCGCGUUGAUUUGUUAGAAGCUCUGAAAGCAUCACGUUCGGAGAAGGCGUCGGGUGAGACGUCUGCGGAGGAAAAAGAUGGCAAGAUCCAUAAAUCAUCGUCCAGACAGACGCCGAGGCAUUCUUCUGAGGAACAACCGCGAAACAAUGGAGCAGGUUAUAUUGGCAACGGCACGAUCCCUGCGGUGAGUUAUGAGGGGAUUUCAAAACCUCCCCCGCUUCCCACGAGACCGAGUCUAGCGCCCAAGAAUAGCUCGGAGAGAGCUGUGGUAGGAAGGAAGUCGGGCGCUGGUUCGAGCUACCGUACUUCGAGUUCGAAAUUGGCUGGUGAACCGUCGAUGUCGGCGGGCAUGCUGAUUCCGCCUAUGAAGAAGACAAUGUCGAGGAGUCCUAGUCCAGAGAAGGGGAGGACUAUGUUGCAUACGUUGAGAUCCAGUGAUAAAUCUGGCAGGAAGCCGAGUCCAAGGGCCGCACGGAAAGAGAAUCCUGUGACGAAUAAAGCGGCUGCUUUGGCGUGGCAGUCGACUUCAAAAGGUGGCCGAGAUAGACUUGGACGAACCCUAGAUGCGGAACUCGAUAAUAGCUCGACUACCCUUCCGGAGACUAGCCGUACGAACAGUUCGGGUGAUUUUACAGGAGGCAGACUUGCAUCCUCGGGCCACGUCAGAUACGAUAAUAAGACACGAACAUUGGUACCUGAUAAUGGCCACAGUCAUCCUCCAUCGUCACCUAGCCCAGUGGAUUUAUUAGGAGGUGAUCUAUACGGGGGUACAGGACGAUCGAAUGCAUAUCCAUUCCCACCCACGGACCCAGGUCAGCCGGGCGCUGUCUCUGGUUCUAUGCUCACUGAAUCUAACCUACAUGAUCUUAUUGAUCUUAAUCUCCCCAAGUCUCCUUUAGGAACGGCCGCUACAAUCCCCCAAAAAACAAAACCUCCACGUCCACCACCACCCCAUUCUAAAAAACCUACAAAAUUUGAACCUCUGUCAUAUCCAACCUACCUCAAGGAGUAUCCAGAGACUGAUGCAAGGAAGUCCAAAGCGGAGAAUGACCUACCACUGCGACGAAAGCCUGCACCGAAAGAAAAUGUGGAGGCAGAAAGUUCUAGCAAUAUUUCGCGAAAAGCUAUUCCAGCCACUACUUCAUCCCCACGAAACCGCGACCGACAUCAAGAGAGAGAUGAUGCAAGAAGAGCACAGAGGCGAGAAGGGAAGAAGCCGAAGGAUGAAGAUACCUCCUCACAAAGUCUGGAUGAUGACACAAACAGCAGUGGAAACCAAGCUUCCAAGCCGAAAAGAAGAAUAAAGCCAAAGCAAAAAGAAAAGGAGAUCCUUGCAGAUCUCACAACACCUCCAUCUGGCGAUUCUGGGGACGAAGAGAAAAACUCAACGAAGAGUGCAUGGGAAGAAAAGGUUGCGCAUUUAAUGAAAAAUCUACCCCGGGGUGUAGAUGAAGGAGCUGCAAAGCAGAUCUUUAACGAGAUUGUCGUUCAAGGCGAUGAAGUUCAUUGGGAUGAUGUAGCAGGAUUGGAUAUCGCUAAGAAUGCCUUGAAAGAAGCAGUCGUGUACCCAUUUUUACGACCAGAUCUUUUCAUGGGUCUCCGCGAGCCGGCAAGAGGCAUGCUUCUCUUUGGACCACCAGGAACAGGAAAGACAAUGUUAGCAAGAGCUGUAGCUACAGAGUCGAGAUCUACUUUUUUCUCGAUAUCAGCAAGUAGUUUGACGAGCAAAUAUCUAGGCGAGUCGGAGAAGCUGGUACGGGCACUCUUCUCACUUGCCAAAGCUCUAGCACCGAGUAUCAUUUUCGUUGACGAAAUCGACUCGCUCCUCUCAUCACGCUCUGGAUCUGGCGAGCACGAAGCUACGCGACGUAUCAAGACUGAAUUUUUGAUUCAGUGGAGUGAUCUUCAACGUGCAGCAGCGGGAAGGGAACAAACCGAUAAGGAGAAGAAGGAAGGUGAUGCUAGUAGAGUCUUGGUGCUGGCUGCCACGAAUCUACCUUGGGCAAUUGAUGAAGCUGCUCGAAGACGGUUCGUCAGACGGCAAUAUAUCCCAUUGCCAGAAGAUGAAACUCGGGCAGUUCAACUAAGAACUUUGCUGGGUCAUCAGAAACACAGUCUUGCCGAAAGGGAUAUCCAACGUCUAGUCCAGCUAACUGAUGGUUUCUCGGGCUCAGACAUAACAGCCCUAGCUAAGGACGCAGCCAUGGGUCCACUCCGCUCACUCGGAGAAGCCCUACUGCAUAUGUCCAUGGAUCAGAUACGGCCAAUACAAUUUGUGGAUUUCCAGGCUAGUUUGGUGAACAUUAGGCCUAGUGUUAGUAAACAGGGCCUUAAGGAAUUCGAGGAUUGGGCUAGGGAGUUUGGAGAGAGGGGUGGUUGA